AUGUCGUCGACUCAGGGCAAUGGGGAACACUGGACGUCCCUGGAAUCAGUGGGCAUCAGCCGCAAAGAGCUGGCCAUGGCUGAAGCCCUACAGAUGGAGUAUGAUGCUCUGUCCCGGCUCCGGCAUGACAAGGAGGAGAACAGAACCAAGCAGAACACAGACCCCUCUCUCAUCAACUGGGACGAGCCAGCCCUGGACUUCUACAGCAAGCCAGCAGGAAGGCAGAAUGACCUCAAGCUCUUACGCGGUCUUUCUGGCUCUGAUCCUACCCUCAAUUACAACUCGCUCUCCCCACAGGAGGAGCUGCCCAACCACUCUACCUCCCAGGGCUCCCAGCCUGGCCCAGAUCCCUGGCCCAAAGGCUCCCUGGCUGGAGAUUAUCUCUACAUUUUUGAUGGUUCAGAUGGGGAGCUCUCUUUGUCCCCAAGACCGGGGGAUGUCGAUGGCUCUUCUAAGAAACUGUCCCCGCCUCCUCUGCCUCCUCGAGUCUCUAUCUGGGAUACCCCUCCCCUACCUCCCAGGAAGGGGUCCCCAUCGUCCUCCAAGAUCUCCCAGCCCAAUGACAUCAACACCUUUUCUUUGGUUGAACAGCCUCUAGGCAAAUUGCUAGGGCAUCAGAUCCUAGAAGAGGAGCCAAGAGGUGGGGGUGGGUGCCUGCUGGGAUCUGUGGACUACGAUGGCAUCAAUGAUGCGAUUACACGGCUCAACUUGAAGUCAACCUACGAUGCAGAGAUGGUGCAGGAUGCCACCCGAGGCUGGAAGGAGGGCCGGAGGCCCCUGGACUUCAGCAAGGACAUUCCUGGGAAACCCGUGGCCCGGAGCAAGACCAUGCCCCCCCAGGUCCCUCCGCGGACCUAUGUCUCUCGCUAUGCCAACCGGAAAAAUGGAACACCUGGCAAGAACCACCGGAUUUCGGCAGCUUCGGUGGUCUCCCGGCCCCACGCCGUCGCCAAUGGCCAUGAGUUGUUCGAGGUCUCAGAGGAGAGAGACGAGGAAGUUGCUGCAUUUUGCCACAUGCUGGAUAUCCUUCGAUCUGGCUCCACUAUCCAAGACUACUUCCUCACUGGAUAUGUCUGGAGUGCCGUCACCACGAGCCCAGAGCACCUUGGGGAUGAGGUCAACCUGAAGGUGACAGUGUUGUGUGACAGCCUGCGGGAGCCACUCACUUUUACCUGCAACUGUUCCUCCACUGUGGACUUGCUCAUCUACCAGACCUUGUGCUACACCCAUGAUGAACUGCGGGGUGUGGAUGUGGAUGACUUUGUGCUGAAGCCCUGUGGGCUGGAGGAGUUCCUGCAGAAUAAGCACGCCCUGGGCAGCCAUGAGUACAUUCAGUACUGCCGCAAGUUUGACAUUGACAUUCGUCUACAGCUGAUGGAGCAGAAAUCUGUACGCAGCGACCUGGCCCGGACGGUGAAUGAUGACCAGAGCCCCUCCUCUUUGAACUACCUUGUCCAUCUGCAAGAGAGGCCAGUCAAACAGACCAUCAGCAGGCAGGCCCUGAGUCUUCUGUUUGACACUUACCACAAUGAGGUGGAUGCCUUCCUACUGGCUGAUGGGGACUUCCCGCUGAAGGCCGACAGGGUGGUCCAGUCCGUCAAGGCCAUCUGCAACGCCCUGGCUGCCGUGGAGACCCCCGAGAUCACCAGCGCUCUCAACCAGCUGCCCCCCUGCCCCUCCCGCGUGCAGCCGAAAAUUCAGAAGGACCCCACCGUCUUGGCUGUGAGGGAAAACCGAGAGAAGGCCGUGGAAGCCCUGACAGCGGCCAUCUUGGACCUGGUGGAGCUGUACUGCAGCACCUUCAAUGCGGACUUCCAGACGGCCGUUCACGGGAGCCGCAAGCAUGAUCUGGUCCAGGAGGCCUGCCAUUUCUCUGGGCCUCUGGCCUUCACCGUCUACGCCACCCACCGCAUUCCCAUCACCUGGGCUGCCAGCUAUGAAGACUUCUACCUCUCCUGCUCCCUCAGCCAUGGUGGCAAGGAGCUGUGCAGCCCCCUGCAGACCCGGCGGGCUCACUUCUCCAAGUACCUCUUUCACCUCAUCAUCUGGGACCAGCGGAUCUGCUUCCCAGUGCAGGUGAACCGGCUGCCCAGGGAGACGCUGCUCUGUGCCACUCUCUAUGCCCUGCCCAUCCCCCCACCCGGGAGCUCCUCAGAGGCCGGCAAGCAGCGGAGGGUGCCUGCAGCCCUGGGCUGGGUCACUACCCCACUCUUCAACUUCAGGCACAUCCUAACCUGUGGCCGGAAGCUUCUGGGCUUAUGGCCAGCGACACAGGAAAACUCCACGGCCCGCUGGAGUACACCUAAUUUCCACCAGCCGGACAGUGUCAUCCUGCAGAUUGACUUCCCCACCUCGGCCUUUGGCAUCAAGUUCACCAACCCCUCUGGGGACAAGUUCAGUCCUUGCUAUGAGUUCGGCAGCCUCCGGGAGGAAGACCAACGUGUGCUUAAAAACAUCAUGCAGAAGGAGUCCCUGUACUGGCUCACUGAUGCUGACAAGAAGCGCUUGUGGGAGAAGCGAUAUUAUUGCCACUCGGAGGUCAGCUCACUUCCCCUGGUGCUUGCCAGUGCCCCCAGCUGGGAGUGGGCUUGCCUGCCCGACAUCUAUGCUCUCCUGAAGCAGUGGACCCACAUGAACCACCAGGACGCCCUGGGGCUCCUACAUGCCACCUUCCCGGACCAGGAGGUGCGGCAUAUGGCUGUCCAGUGGAUCGGCUCGCUCUCGGAUGCCGAGCUGCUGGACUACCUGCCCCAGCUCGUGCAGGCCCUAAAGUAUGAGUGCUACCUGGACAGCCCCUUGGUGCGCUUCCUCCUAAAGCGGGCAGUCUCCGACUUGAGAGUGACUCACUACUUCUUCUGGUUGCUGAAGGACGGCCUCAAGGACUCCCAGUUCAGCAUCCGCUACCAGUAUCUGCUGGCAGCCCUGUUGUGCUGCUGCGGCAAGGGGCUGAGAGAGGAGUUUAAUCGCCAGUGCUGGCUGGUCAACACCCUGGCCAAGCUGGCCCAGCAGGUCCGGGAGGCCACCCCCUCUGCAAGGCAGGGGAUCCUCCGCACAGGCCUGGAUGAGGUAAAACAGUUCUUUGCCCUCAAUGGCUCCUGCCGCCUGCCACUCAGCCCCAGUCUGCUGGUUAAGGGCAUCGUGCCGAGGGACUGUUCCUACUUCAACUCCAAUGCAGUGCCCCUCAAGCUCUCCUUCCAGAAUGUGGAUCCCCUGGGUGAGAACAUCAGAAUCAUCUUCAAGUGUGGGGAUGACCUUCGCCAGGACAUGCUCACCCUGCAGAUGAUUCGCAUCAUGAGCAAGAUCUGGGUCCAGGAGGGGCUGGACAUGCGCAUGGUGAUUUUCCGCUGCUUCUCCACUGGAAGGGGGAGAGGGAUGGUGGAGAUGAUCCCUAAUGCUGAGACCCUGCGCAAGAUCCAGGUGGAGCACGGGGUGACCGGCUCCUUCAAGGACCGGCCUCUGGCCGACUGGCUACAGAAGCACAACCCUGGGGAGGACGAGUACGAGAAGGCCGUGGAGAACUUCAUCUAUUCCUGUGCCGGCUGCUGUGUGGCCACCUACGUCUUGGGCAUCUGUGACCGACACAAUGACAACAUCAUGCUGAAGACAACCGGCCACAUGUUCCACAUAGAUUUUGGCCGCUUCCUGGGCCAUGCCCAGAUGUUUGGCAACAUCAAGCGGGACCGUGCCCCCUUUGUCUUCACCUCGGAUAUGGCGUAUGUCAUCAACGGGGGUGACAAGCCUUCCAGCCGCUUCCAUGAUUUUGUUGACCUUUGCUGCCAAGCCUACAACCUCAUUCGCAAGCACACCCACCUCUUCCUCAACCUUCUGGGCCUGAUGUUGUCCUGUGGGAUCCCCGAACUCUCAGACCUAGAGGACCUCAAGUAUGUCUAUGAUGCCCUGAGGCCUCAGGACACAGAGGCCAAUGCCACUACCUACUUCACUAGGUUGAUUGAGUCCAGCUUGGGAAGUGUAGCCACAAAGCUCAAUUUUUUCAUCCAUAACCUGGCUCAGAUGAAGUUCACGGGCUCAGAUGACCAGCUGACCCUUUCCUUUGCCCCCCGCACACACACUCUUCAGCGCUCUGGCCGCCUCAGUGAUGUCUUUGUCUGCCGCCAGGAGAAGGUCUUCCACCCCAAUAAGGCCUACAUUUACGUGGUAAAGGUGAUGCGAGAGAAUGCUCACGAGGCCACUUAUAUCCAGCGGACAUUUGAGGAGUUCCAGGAGUUACACAAUAAGCUGCGGCUGCUCUUCCCUUCUUCUCUCUUGCCCAGCUUCCCCAGUCGCUUCCUGAUUGGCCGCCCGAGGGGAGAGGCGGGGGCCGAGCGGCGGAGGGAGCAGUUAAACGGCUACAUCUGGCGCCUGAUCCACGCCACCCCCGAGGUGGCCGAGUGUGAUUUGGUGUAUACCUUCUUCCACCCUCUGCCCCGGGAUGAGAAGGCUGCGAGCACCAGCCUGGCUCCCAAGUCCUCAGAUGGCACUUGGGCUCGUCCAGUGGGGAAGGUGGGAGGGGAGGUGAAGCUGUCCAUCUCCUACAAAAACAAUAAACUCUUCAUCAUGGUGAUGCAUAUUCGGGACUUGCAGCUGCUCCAGGAUGGAAAUGACCCUGACCCCUAUGUGAAGAUUUACCUCCUUCCUGAUCCUCAGAAAACCACUAAGAAGAAAACCAAAGUGGCCCGGAAAACCUGCAACCCCACCUACAAUGAAAUGCUGGUGUAUGAUGGGAUCCCCAAGGGAGACCUGCAGCAGCGGGAACUACAGCUGAGUGUGCUGAGUGAGCAAGGAUUCUGGGAGAACGUUCUCCUCGGCGAGGUGCACAUCCGCCUUCGAGAGCUAGACCUGGCCCAGGAGAAGACCGGCUGGUUCGCACUAGGAUCUCGAAGUCAUGAGACCUCCUGAGUCCAGCGGAGCCCUGGCCCAGGGCCCAGACUGGUGGUGGAGCUGCAGGAAAGGACUCUUCCUGCUUGACUUAUCUUUUCCUUGUGAAGAGGCAGGGCCCUUGUCAGGCCUCCCUGAUGUCCAAGUGGAUGGGGCCUCAGUGAUAGGAGGCAGGGAGGGUAAGAGGCUCUCUGCCAUCCCCUCCUCUGCAGUCUGAGUUUGAGUUGGUUGUAAUGAGCAGCCCCUUGGAGGCUGUGAGGUUGCAGCAAAGUUUUAAGUUUACCUUGUGUCAAGGGAGCAAUGCCUGGUUUGGGGUGUGUUGGGUGGACUAUAUGAAGUAGCGUUUUAGGGGAGGGUGGGUGGAUAUCUUUACUUUUAUUUUUUUAUUUUAUUUUAUUUUUUUAAUUAAUUAUUUUCUUAUUAAAAUCAACACCAGGCAUGUCUAGGACUGGUCUCAAGUUUAAGGUUCCUAAAUAAUCUGUUUUCUUGUUCCUUUAGAAGUUUCAUGCAGACGUCUCUCAGCUGCUCAUUUGUCUUGUUUAAUUUUAUUCCCAAUGACUUUCUACACUCUACUUCUUCUAGGUGAAGUUGCUUGUAUUUUUCCAAUAUAUAAUCCAUUUUCAUUCUGGAGAGUUCAUUCACUCUGAGUUUCAACAGAGUAGUUUUGAAGUAUUGUGAUUCUCUCUUAAUGGGUCUAGACAUGCUUGAGAUAAUGUUUAUGUCUGAACAUCCAUUUUUGUUUGAUUCGGUUUUAAAUCUCUAGGGAAACUAAGCUCUUCACUUGCCUGUUCAGUUAACUUGCUUUGUUUCAUUUCUAAGAGCUUCAUCAAUCUGUCCUCAAAUUUGUUUUUCUUGAUGCUUGUUUUGGAGAUUCCUGUAGAUCUGCAUAUUGAUGGCAGGAGCUAGCAAAGCAAGUCCAAAAUCUGCAGGGCAGGCUGUCGGGAAGAGCAGACUGAAACUCUAAGGCAGGUUUUACUUUAAUUUUUAAAAAAUGAAAUAGUAAUGUUGUCCUCACUGGAGAGGAAGCCUUGUGAGAAGGGACUUGCAUGUGCCUCAGAAGUCAAAAAGGAAGACUGUUUGGACUUUUUAUAUGAUUAAGGUUCUUAUUGGACUUCUCCCUAAGUGUGUGUGUGUUUGUGUAUUGUUUUACUCUCUAUAGGAAUUAUUUGGGGAGGGGCCCAGUGGGUCCUCAGCUAAAGCCGCACCCCCCAGUCUCUGAGGGCAGGUGGGGAGGGGCAGGGAGGGCUGUGUGUGCCAGACUGAGGCCUGUGCUUCCGGGCCUUUCUGAUUUUGCCUCCAAAGGAGAGCGAUGUGAUACCUACGUUUGUAAGGAAGGGCCUUUCUUCCGGGGUUCCGCAAAGGACCUAUUCAGGGACCUGUGCUCUUUUGGGAGGAGGGUUUCCUCCCAUCUUCCCCCACUUUGCUAGGUCUUGCCCUGAAUACAUCUUCUACUCCUCCAUUCUCUCGCUUUCGGGGGGCCAUCUGGUCCCUGUGAACGUGCUGGGGCUGCUUCCCCAAAGGUCCCUUCCUUCGUUUUUCUCUGUGGGAUAAAAGGCUGCCUUGGGCCCUGAUUUUUUUUGCCCAAGGUCAUUUGAGCCCUGGGAUGGGGGGUCUAGGCUGCAGAUGCCAGUGUGGCUGCCUGCUGGGUAGUCCUGGGAGGCUUUUCCCACAACCCACCGCUCUUUAUGCUGCUUCCCUCCCAAACUUCGUUUCUGUCAGUUUUUAUAAGAAUUUCUGAUUCUGUGGGGCCAUAAACCUAUUUAGUCUGGAGCCAAAGGGAUGCUCUAUCUGAAGGACAGGGGUAUGGGGUCCUGUCAAAACUUGUUUUUUUCCCUAGUGUUUUUCUUUGCUCUCAAGGAGGCUGGAUCGGAACAGUGAUUGAUCCCCUGGAGCUGGGAGGGAGAGACUGGGUUUAUCAUCUCUUAAUACUCCUCAUUUUCUACCACUUGGAUUUGAAAUUUACUCUUGCGCUUUACUCCAAAGCGUUAUCCUCCUUGAAAAAAAGAGGGAGAGACUUUGAGUUUGAUAUUAAUGUUUUAAACUAGAAUUGGCUGGAUGUGCCUUGUGUUUGGGGAACGGAGUUAAUGGGGAUACUGUGCGAAAUGUCUGUCCCUCUGCAGCUUCCUCCCCAGUUCCAAGGAUCAGAACUUCUGACUCAUUCCGCAACUGGAGAAAAAAAGCUCCAUUCAUUAAAACCAUAGGGCAACCAGGAAGUUUGAACUUGUCUUUUAAAUCAGAAAUGUCAAGGAUAAAGCUGGCUGCUGUGGGGAGGGGCUAGGAAGUGGGGAACAGGAGUGGACUUCUCCAGAUGAAUGGACCAUAGAUGCGCUACUGGCUUUUUGCCUGUAGCUCAUUUUAUUUUGACCCUCCAUGCCCCUGAUUUACAGAGGUCUGUGUAUUUUACCCACUUUCCAGAUGUCCUUGUGUCUCCUACAUUCUCCGGAAUUGUAUUUUCUAAUAA